UAACUCAAACUCCCUCAUGUCAAAUAAUCAAUCCCCACCUUCCUUCCCUUUUCCUAUGCAGUUACUCCAUCACGCGCAAUUCUGUAUACACAUAUAUUUAUAUAUCUCUAAUCGAUCGCAUCAACACUAAUACAUCGAAUCUUACUUGAUCAUUCAACAUAAAUACACCGGAUCCUGUGUACUGAUCUUUCAUAAACUUGCGACAACACCCAAAAAGAAAGCUAAAGAAAUGGGAAACUACGCAUCAGCAUGCAGCCUCAUGAUCUCCCCUAUAAUGAAAAGCAACAAGGCAGCAAGAGUUAUAUUUCCGGCCGGCGAGAUCCGACAGUUUCGUGACUCGAUCAAGGCUGCGGAGAUCAUGCUUGAGUGUCCAAACUUCUUCUUAGUCAACUCCCGGUCGUUGAACAUCAAUCGUCGUUUUUCGCCGCUUUCCGCUGAUGAAGAUUUGGAGGCCGGGAAUAUUUAUAUCUUGUUUCCGAUGAGGAGGGUGAAUUCCAUGGUUACUCCGGCGGAUAUGGCGGCUUUUUGGAUGGCGGGUAAUAGUGCGAGUAAGCGGAUUUCGGGGAGGAUAUCUCCGGAGAUGACUACGGUUGGUGGUGGAGUGAAGGAGGAGGUGGUGGUGGAACAGCCGAGAUUGGUGGUGGAGGUGCCGGAGUUUAGUUAUCGGCUGGCGGUUUGUAGAUCAAGAAAGCCGUUUCUUGAUACAAUUACGGAGGAGCCGGUUUUUGCAAGAUAAGCGAGCGAGUUUGUAAUCAAGGGUAGAAUAGUAAAUUGCAAGUAGUAAUAUUUUUUUUUAGCUUUUUAGUCUUAAACAAAUUAGAAAAUAGGUUUAAAUUAUGACCAAUCUAGAGAAAGAAAAGUAUGCUAUAUCAUUUAAAUGCAUAUUGUUGCAUAUAAAGUUGAUCUAUUAAUGUGUUAUGAGUUAGAGUGUUCGACAAAUUUUCUUGGUAUUUUAUGUGCAUAUGAAUAUCUUCAAUUUAUA